AGCUGGAUUGUACUCUAUUGCUUGUGUUUGCAUUAUAUUGAAUUCCAAUAUGACACAGUCAUUCUCACCCAAAGUUCUGGCAACUUCAACUCCUUCUUUCACUUCUUCUCUAUUAAUAAGAAUUAGGUCCAUUAUACCUUUUCCUCUACCUUUUGAAUGAUGAAGUUGUCAGCUAAGUUGGUUAGGAAUCCGUUCGAUCUCCCACUUGCUACAGAAUUUGUCUCCCAGUUGAUAUCAGCGUAGUUAUGACUGUAGUAUGUUUCGUAUAUACAUGUGUUAAUUGAUUAGCGAAAAGUUCAUCUAUUUUUUCUGCUUGGUUGGGUGGCCUGUAGUAUACACCUAUAGCAAUGUCAUUUUUAUCCUUUUAUAUUGCCCGAUACGGAUUUUCAUCCUUGCUUUUGUGUAUUUCUGUAGAGAUGUAGUGAUCUUUUAUAUAUAAUGCAACUCCACUUCCUCUUUUGUAGGUCUGUUUCUUUUGAACAGUUUGUAUCCUUCUAUCAGUACAUUCCAGUCAUGAGUUUCAUUCCACCAGGUUUCAGUAAUGGCAACUCUAUCAUAUCUGCCUUCUUGUACUAAUACUUCAAGUUCACCCUGUGUAUUCCCUAAACUUGAGUGUUAGUAUACAGGCAUUUGAGCCCUUUAUGGGUCUUGGGUAUGUUUCUUAUAUCUCCUACUUUGCAAGUGGGAUUUCCCUCCUUUCCAUCACUCUCUAAUUCAUUAUGUUUUUAGUUUUUUUAUUUCUUUUUUCUCUUUACUCCCUACCUCUUUAUGUGAUUGGUUAUCUAGUGGUUUUUGCAUGAAAUUAGGUUCUAAAGGUCGUGACGAUUGGCUGGCCGCCCUUCUCAAUUUUAGCUUAAAGCCGCUUUGAAAAGAUGAGCCAGUCGUUUUCUGAAUAUAUUCUUUCCAAUUGUGAGGUUCACUCUAUCCCUUGCCAGUAGCCCUUCAUGUAAGUAAUGCAGACCCAGCCAAAGUCCUGUUGACGACACCAAUUUUUAAGCCAGUGGUUCAUUUCUAAAAUACUUGCUCCCUCAUUGGAUGUUGGCCUUUUGUUGGAAGUAUAGAUGAAAACAUCACUUGUGCUCCUAAUUCUUUAUUUUCUUCCCUUGCUGUUUGUAAUCUCUUGUUAUUGUUUUCAGAUUCAUUAUUGUGUCAUUGGUCCCCACACGUAGGAGAAGAAAGGACAAAGAGGAUGCCAAGAAGAGUAAUCAGGACAACAAAGAAUGAGAAGCAGCAUUAAAAUACAAAACAAAUCAUCAAUCAAAAUCUUUUCUACUUCCUCCAGAAAGUGUGAAAACUCUUCUCCUUCCUCAGCAGAUGAGAAGCAAGGGAGAGAAUAACAAGAAAAAAGUUUUGAGUUGGUAAAAAUAGACCAUGUGCAACUCAAGGAAACAUUACAUGAGACGUCAAAGGGGAUAAUUUCCAAAUAAAGAACAAGUGGGAAAUACCUGGAAGUCAGUUGGAAGGAAAAAGUAUCUUGGAUAGCCAAAAUAAGCAGGCAUUAAUUAAAAUCUUUGAGGAAGGAAAGAGCAGCUUGAAUCAAAGAACCUCCAAGUAAGAGAGCAGAUAUAUUUUUUGGCUCCUCAAGAAUCCAAGAAUAUCAGUCUUGGAAAAAACCCACAGACUGCCUAUUGUGGGAAAAACACAGACUGCAAAUCACAGCUAAUUAUGCACAAGAGGAUCCAUACAGUGAAAACACAAAUGUUUCGAGGUGCAGCUAAAACUUCACUCAGAACAGCUUCCUCAUAAUUCAUGGAAGGACCCAUUCCGGAGAAAAGCUCUACCGGUGCUCCCAAUAUGGCAAAAGAUUUAGCAUGCAGACCAAUCUAGUGAGACACAAAGGGACUCCCGCUGGGGAGAAAGUCUUUGAAUGUCCUGAUUGUGGAAAAAGUUUCACACGGAAUUAUCACCUGGUGAUACACCAGAGGACUCACACAGGAGAGAAACCGUAUGAGUGUCCAGUUUGUAGGAAAAGUUUCAGUCAGAAUUCCCACCUGGUCAUACACCAGAGGACUCACAUGGGAGAAAAACCAUAUGAGUGUCCAGAUUGUGGCAAAAGUUUCAGUCAGAAUUCCUACCUGGUGAAACACCAGAGGACUCACACGGGAGUGAAACCGUAUGAGUGUCCAGAUUGUGGGAAAAAUUUCAAUCAGAAUGCCAAUCUGGUCAGACACUGGCGGAUUCACACAGGAGAAAAACCAUAUGAGUGUUCAGAUUGUAGGAAAAGUUUCAAAUGGAAUUUUGACCUGGUGAAACACCAGAGGACUCACAUGGGAGAGAAACCAUAUGAGUGUCUGGAUUGUGGGAAAGGUUUUAGUCAGAAUGCCAAUCUGAUGAGACACCAGAGAACUCACACAGAAGAAAAACCAUAUGAGUGUUCCGACUGUGGGAAAAGUUUCAAAUGGAAUUCCUCCCUGGUGAAACAUCAGAGGACUCACAUGGGAGAAAAACCAUAUGAAUAUCCUGUUUGUGGGAAAGGUUUCUAUCAAAAUUCUAACCUGGUGAUAGACCAGAGGACUCAGACAAAAGAGAAACUAUAUGAGUGUCCGGAUUGUGGGAAAAGUUUCAGGCAGAAUUCUAAGCUGGUGAUCCAUCAGAGGACUCACACAGGAGAGAAACCAUAUGAGUGUCUGUAUUGUGGGAAAAGUUUCAGUCAAAAUUCAAACUUGGUGAUACACCAGAGGACCCACACAGGAGAAAAACCAUAUGAAUGUCUGGAUUGUGGUAAAAGUUUCAGUCAGAAUUCCUACCUGGUGAAGCACCAUAGGACUCACACAGGAGAAAAACUGAAUGAAUGCCUGGAUUGUGGGAAAAGUUUCAAACAGAAUUCCUUCCUGGUAGAGCACCAGAGGACUCACACAGGAGAGAAGCCGUAUGAGUGUCCGGUUUGUGGGAAAGAUUUCAGUAGAAGGUCUAGUCUUAUAAAUCAUGUAAGGUUACACACGGGGGAGAAACCAUUCAAAUGCCCAGAUUGUGGAAAAUGUUUCCCACAGAAUUCGACUUUUAUCAAACACAAGAAAGUCCAUACGAGGUGAAAUUCAAUGGGUGUAGAGCAGACAUGUCAAACACAAGGCCCGGGGGUCGGAUGCGGCCUGCAAAGUGGUUUCAUGUGGCCCGCAAAGCCAUCCUGGAAACAGUGAGGGAAUGGCCCCCACUGCCUUGGCCCUGGC